UCAUGAAAGUGAGCUAUUAACAGAACCAAUCAGCAUGUAUUAACCCGAAACGUCUUCCUUGAUUUUCUAAACUUUCUUUUUUUCUAACUCUAUCCCCUCAGUCCCUUGUGAGGGGGAACGCUCUGAUCAAGUAGAAUGAGAUCUUGUGCCGGUGUGUUAUCCCGUGUGGGUAAAUCCCACUUUGAUGGCAAUGGAUUGAGAAGAAUAGUGGAGUCUUCUCAAAGUAGCACCAGGAGUCUGACGACGUCACGAGUGUUGCAGAAGGUACAUGCAGGAAGUCUCUUUACUGUUGACAGACACGUGAACAGAUUGAACAACCCUCCUGAAUUGGUCAUAUUUGAUAAAGAUGGCACCUUAGUUGACUUCCACUCCAUGUGGUCUCCGUGGCUGUGGCAACUGGUGGAGAAUUUUGAGACAUCUACCGGUCGCAAGGUGUGUGGUGAUGCAAUUCAUGAUUUGAUGGGAUUCGACACCAAACAGGACAAAUUCGUACCGGGAUCAAUGCUAGGUGCCUUGGAUAUUACUGAAGAUACAAUGACUAUGUGCAAGCGUGCAUUGGAGAGGAUGUUAGUGACCCAGUAUGCAUACAGUGAGACUGAAGCGCAUGAGAUUGUAAUCGACAACUGGGUGGGUGGAAUGAAAGUACAUGAUGGGGCCUCAUCCUCCAGCGUCUCUCCAAUUGGAGAUGUACUUCUUCUGUUCAAGCUGCUCAAGAAGUUCAACAUCAAAAUAGCUGUGUGUACUGCAGAUAACAGAGAGUGCACUACUCAGGCACUGCAAGACAUGGGACUUCUGCCGGAUGUCGAGGCACUGGUAUGUGGAGAUGACGCAUUCUCGAAACCCAAACCAGACCCUCAUAAUGCUCACUACUUGGGGAAGUUGUUCAACUGUCCGGCUGAGAAGAUCGCAGUUGUUGGGGAUACGCCGUCAGAUACGGGGAUGGGAAAAUCUGCUGGGCUGGGAACUGUGAUUGGUGUGCAGAGUGGCGUGUGUGACACUGGGACUCUGUUGAAGGAGAGUGACUACGUGGUGGAUGACAUACACGAUGUGUUAGAUAUUGUACUCCCCGGAAGACUACACACUGACGACAUGUCCAGAAAUACGGCUUUAAAGCAUGCUAGCUCCAUGGCCGCUCUUAGAGAUGAACUGCUGCAAGCUGGAAAGAUAGUGGGUAAAUCCAUGUUUGGAUCAGAGUCCAGAUUAUUCCACACACUGUCACAUUCCAGUGGAGCACCUCCAAGGAGAUAUCUGGAGUCAAUACACAAUAUUAGUCAAAUCAGAAAAAGAAGUUUAUCAUCCUCAUCUGGAACACCCGGAACCAAAAAAUCAGAACCAACUAAAACUGAAGCACCAACCAAAACUACCACUACACGAUCACAAAACCCACGGUUGUUCGACAAUUCGUGGAAAUAUGAAGCUGAUUACGUCAUAGUGGGGGCGGGGUCGGCAGGGUGCGUGCUAGCGAACAGACUGACGGAAUACACGGACAAUUCAGUACUCCUUCUUGAGGCAGGUCCUAGAGACUGGUCGUGGACAGUGCACAUGCCAGUGGCACUCAUGUAUAAUCUGGGAGAGGGUUCGACCAAGUUCAACUGGAAUUUCAACUCAGUCCCACAGAAACACAUGAACAACAGAACAAUUUACUGUCCCAGGGGAAAAGGCUGGGGUGGCUCCUCGUCUAUCAACGGCAUGGCCUAUGUGAGAGGACACGCGGCAGACUACGACAGGUGGGCGGGACAUGAGGGGAAACUGGGAACAGAGUGGGACUACUUCCACUGUCUGCCCUACUUCAAACGGGCACAGACACAUCCAAACGGACCAUCUAUGUACCGAGGUGACAGUGGUCCCCUCCAUGUUUCCCGGCAGAUAUCCGGCAACCCUCUACACCAAGUGUGGAUUGACGCGGGAGUGGAGGCCGGUUUCGCCUUCACAGAUGACCAGAAUGGGUUCCAGCAGGAGGGGGUGGGCUGGAUGGACAUGACUAUCAAGAAUGGAAUCAGAUGGAGCACUGCUAAUGCCUACUUGAGACCUGCAUUGACUCGACCGAAGCUAAAGACGCUUUCGAAAGUGGCAGUGAACAAAGUGCUGUUCGAGAACAACAAGGCUGUAGGUUUGGAGGUGGAACAACCUGUGGGCAAAGAACCAAUCAAGAUCAGAGCACACAAGGAGGUUAUUUUGUCUGCGGGUUCAAUAGGGUCACCUCACAUUCUGAUGUUGUCUGGCAUUGGCAACAAGACGGACUUGGAGCAACAUGGAAUCGAAGUGAAACAACAUCUUCCUGGCGUGGGAAUGAAUUUGCAAGACCAUCUGGAGAUCUACUUGCAACACAAGUGCACUCAGCACAUCUCUCUCUACGGAGUGCAGAGAUAUCCAAACAAGGCACUAGUCGGCGCACAGUGGUUCUUGUUUCAGAAAGGUCAGUGUGCUAGUAGUCACAUGGAGUCUGGUGGAUUCAUCAGGACCAACACUUCCAUUCCACACCCCAAUGUCCAGUACCACUUCCUGCCCUCCUCCGUCAUUGAACAUGGCAGGGUGCCACCACCAUACGAGUGCUUCCAGGCCCAUGUAGGCACCCUGCGUCCGAAGAGCCGAGGAACCCUCAAACUAUCCUCUUCCAAUCCCAGAGACUCCCCCCAGAUAGAUCCCAACUACUUCUCAGAGAGGGAGGACAUGGAGGAGUUCAUAGAUGCUAUUGAGAUCACCAGGGAGAUAUUCAGACAGCCGGCAUUUGACCCUUACAGAGGUGAUGAAAUGUCGCCUGGCUCCGAGUACCAAUCACGUGACCAACUGGAACAGUUCAUCCGGCAGAAGAGUGACACAGCCUACCACCACUCGUGCACAUGUAGAAUGGGACCGGAACACACUGCUGUGGGGGAGGGGGCUGAUAUGUCCCCCCACGAGGCAGCUGUAGUGAGUGGGGAGGGGAAGGUGUGGGGAGUGCAGGGACUGAGAGUGGUCGAUUCCAGCAUAUUCCCCAGCAUGGUGAGUGGAAACUUGAAUGCCGCCACAAUCAUGGCUGCCGAGAAGUUGUCAGAUACGAUAGCUGGAAAACAACCUCUUCCGCCAAUCAACGCACCGGUCUACAAAUCACCUUCGAACACAAUCUACCAUGGUCGGGUAUCUGAAGCAUUGCCAAGAAACGAAGAGAAGCAAUCAGCUGUAGCUUGAAUGUUCCCAUACGAUGCAAUGAUAUAAUUUAUUGAAGAAAUCGAGAAUAAAAACAGAACUUGCUGUUUAAUUCUAAACUAGAAAUAUAGUUUGUAUAUAUAUCAAGUGAAGGACGUUGUUAGUCAACUA